UCAUGUGGGCCGGACAGGUUGUUUUAGUACUCUUGGUUCCAUUAAACGCUGAAAUCAGAAGCAGUGUUAUACUUAAUAAAUUGAUAAAUGUGAAACCAGUUGGCGGGAUAGUCUCGAAGAAUUUCGUUCCUCUCACGGAGAUCCCACCACCGAAGAAAGUCCACGUGCAUUCAGGACGGCGGCACCUCGAGGAUGACUGCAGCCCAGCACCAUCGUGGCAUGAUGCGCACGAGGGUGGCAAAGUGGACAUUAUGGGCGAUUAUUAUGAUGAUGGCAUGGCAAAGACGGUAGCCACUGUGGUCAUCCCUGACCACAUAGAUACACAUCAUUUCCAAGUCACCACCCAGGUACCGUACCUUACAUUGGGCACUAUAGAUGCACUUGGCUACCACCCUAGUACUAUCAAGAGCGAACACCCAAGCGAAUGCGAAAAGAUCUACCAGGACCACAUAGCCGAUCAGUACUCCGACGAAAUGACAGACUAUUCCGAGGAGUCACUGGAGAUGGCCAGGAUGCCUCUGUUCCCGACGAACCCAGGAGCCUCCGUCGAGCAACACUUUGCUAAUAUGUACGACGAUAUGCGAUAG